AUGUCUGGAAGGCCAGCGCAAGUUGGAAUUGAACGAUUACCAGCACGACGUAUGAGCAACGAACCACGAGAAUCGAUGAAUUGUAAAUCUUGUAGAAAGAGGAAGAUAAAGUGCAAUCGGUUGCGACCGACUUGCGAAGCUUGUCAAGUCUUCCAAUGCCCUUGUAUUUAUGAUGCUGUCCCCAAGAAGCGUGGACCUAAGACGGAUGUAUUGGAAGCUUUAUUAAAAAGAGUCGAUGGAUUGGAACGAAAAUUGAGAGAUGAGAAAAAAUCCAAUUCUCCAAACAAUGAUGGGAGUGCUUCUGGUUCUGGUUCUGGUGGGGGUGAAGUGGAAAGUCCUAAUGAAAAUACAAAACCAAAACGACCUCAUCUGGAGACAACCAUUUCAAAUAUUGCAGAUGAAUCCGCUGUAUAUUCUCCGACACCCAUAAGCGAACCCUCUCCAUCAGUCCAACAAGAUGUCCUUUUGGAUACUUACUUUGUUCGAUGCCAUGGGAAAUCUUAUCAUAUACUUGACGAAACUUCUAUUAGACAACGAAUCCAGUCAAAUCAAAUCCCAACAUAUCUACUUUAUGCAAUCUACGCUGUUAGCGCAAGAUAUACUUCCCAUCCAAAUGGUUAUUUUGCCGCCGUGAGAUUAAGUGAAGAUUACGCUCAUCGAGCAAGGACGGAAGUAGACAUCGACGAACCGUCUAUCGAUAAUUUACAAGCUCUAUUACUUCUUGGCAUUUCUUAUACAGCAUCUGGAAGGGGGAAAAAGGCAUACAUGAUGCUUGCGAACGCCAUUGGAAUGGCUGUUGCGCUAGAACUCCAUCGCGAACAGGAUCAGAACCUACGAAUUAGUCCUGUCGAGAGAGAAUUACGAAGAAGAUUAUUUUGGACAUGUUAUUUGAUAGACAGAUUCACAGCAUGCGGAUCAAAACGACCAUCAUUAAUUGCCGAUAAAUCUAUUGUGUUACGAUUACCAUCUUGGUCACCCAAUCCAGCCGCUCUUCCCGUCGAAGGAGAGUUCUUCCAAAGUGGUUCAAAUCUUCAUUUCGGUAAUGGCAAGAAGAGCCAAGGAAGCACUGGAAUGCUCAUAGAUAUUGUGAGAAUAUUAGGAAUUACUAACCGCUAUCUCGCAGCUGGCGGUGUGAAAGGCGACUCUCAUUUUCCAUGGCACUCAUUAUCGAACCUGUCGAAAAUUCGCCAAGACUUAGAUAUCUGGGCAGGCGGUACACAGGAUGUCUUUACAUCUGUUGAUACACUUUUUGGGCAACCAGAUAGUACAACUCUAGUCCUCAGCAAACUUAUCUAUCAUCUCAUACAUUGCCUCAUAUAUCGACCUUUUCUUCCCAUCGAUCUUGCUGAGCUAGCUGGAACCGGUCAACAUCAAUCUUGGCAAAUUGAAGCCACAAAUCUUUGUUUUCUUCAUGCAAACGCGAUCGCCGAAUUGGUAGAGCUCGGAAAACAAUCUGCAUCGAUAGAGUGGCCCGCAUUUGUGGGAUAUUGUAUUUGCACCGCUGGUACUGUCCAUGUUCAUGGGGCACAUUACAAAGGCGGCCGUGAAGGUGAAGUCUUCUCCGCUUCUGCCGAUUUUCUUUCCAGGGAGAUGCAACAGCUUUCUGAACUUCGAUAUGCAUGGUCCUCAGUUCAGCAUCAACGAGAAACUCUACAGACUAUCUAUGGAUGUCAUUCCGAUCUAGUGAAAAGUCUUGGAAGUAACCCGAUGCGCUUUAGUCCAGUCUUUCACCUGGAAGACUUUUUCGAUAGGUAUAGUGAUUUGGGCCAAUACUUUGAUGGUGCUCAUAUCAGUUUUGCGGAUGUGGUGACACCCAAUCCUGAAGCAUACCAAGGUCAUGACCUUUAUGCCCCGACACAAUCAAAUAGGAAUGGUUCUAUGAAUGGGGGAACUGGCUCGAAUGGCUCGAAUGAAUCAACUACCAUUACUUCCAAACGCAAAUCUUCAUCAUCUGCACGAAAACGUGCUCUUACCAAUAGUCUAAAAGAAAGACCUUUAAUGUCACCGAAUGGAAGAUCGGUUGAACAAUUGCCACUACCACAAAAUGGUUUACUCGGUCAUGAUCCGGCAUCUUAUUCCAAUCAAGGAAGUUCAAUGACUACACUUCCACAAAUACCCUUUUCCCCACCUAGUCAGAAUCAAUCGCAACCGUAUACUUUUUCACCAUCGCUCUCUCUGAAUCACGGGCAAGAAUCAGAUUUUGAUCCGAUGUUUGGUAUGUCACAUCUUGGUAAUGGUGGGAAUUUUUCAUUUGCAGGAAUGGGUGGAACAAGUGGUGGCAUGAUGGGAGAAGAAGGCAUGACACCAGGAGGAAGGUCAAAUAAUGGGAGUACUGGAACGAGUGGAGAGGAGAAAGAUCCUUUCCUAAGCUUGUUGGAACAACUUGCAGAAAAUGAACAACAAAGAGGUGGACCAAGCGAACUGGACUUUUUCUUGGGUGGUGGACAGGGUUGA